AUGGACGACAACGGAACUGCCACUGAAGACCGGUUCCCAUUACGUCUCGAUGGUCUUGGCUCCAAUGGAAGGCAUUCCGACACUGCAGGCCGCAAGGGCCGCGUUGCACUAGCCUGCAAGCGAUGCAAGAGACGUAAACAGCGGUGCGAUGGCUCCCAUCCAACGUGUAAGUCCUGCGAAAGAGUUGGUACUCCAUGUAUUUACGAGAGAACAAUCCGGCCGCAAUACCCUGGCGGCAAGACGUUGUACAUCAAUGCUCUUGAGGAGCGUAUCGCAUUCCUUGAGGCAAGAUUGCCAGAUCAUGCGCAAGAUCAUUUCGAGACUCUUGCGCCGUCUUCUGUUGUUGAUGGUCAAGAAAAUGAUGUUGUCAACACGCAGGCUUAUCCUGAGUCUUCGUCAUCGCAUCGCGGUUCUGUAUCAGAGGAUCUAGAUGGCUAUGAGCGCAAUUCUAUCAUUGAUGGUGUUGCAUAUCUCUCUUUAUGUGCUUCAGGAACAGCUGAAGCGACUCCAGAUCCAUCAUAUCUGGGUUCAAGUUCAGGCGCUGCCAUCGCUCGAAUGAUACAGCGGUCCAUCUUUCACAACUCCAGGAAUGGCAUCACUCGUCCGAGUAAUUUCCCAAGACAACCGAACCCUUCUGUCGACCCAUAUCUCGAAAGCCUAGCUCCAGCUCUUCACCUCCAUCCGGAUGAACCGUCUCACAGCUUCCCUUUCCCAGAUGAAGCACGUCAUCUCUUCGACAUCUUCUUCGAUCGAAUGCACACCCGAUGGCCAAUCCUAGACAGGAAGAAAUACACUGAGCUUUUCGAACGUCAAUAUCAGCAGGGUGCUCUAUCCAUAACCCAAAGAAGCAUCAUGCAUCUCAUCUACGCUAUCGCUGCACGCUUUGAACAGCUUACACGCAAGCCAUCACAAGUCGAUCCUGAGAAGCAUUUACUGGCAGCGAUUGAACCGAUGGAUUACAUCUUAGAACAGCAUAACCUUGCUACAGUUCAGUUCCUCUUGUUACUUGCGGUUCAUGGCCAGAGAUCACCUUACGGGGCUGGUGCUUGGAGUCAAGUCCGCUAUGCGGUUUCGCUCUGCAUUGAGCUUGGUUUGCAUCGUGAGCGGCAGGGACCACCGCCAGGUGCUGAUGUGGCGAGGGACUUGGAGAUUCGUCGACGAGCGUUUUGGUCGUGUUAUUGUCUGGAUCGAGGUACUAGUGUAGUACUAGGAAGAGCAUUUGCGAUAUCUGACAGAGACAUCAAUGUUUCGAUGCCAAGCCCUGGUCGAGAGUAUUGGGACUUGACGCAUGCAUCUUCGCUGGGCGAUGAUCGUACAGUGGAGUGGUGCAACAUCGAACCCUUCAUUCAUAUCAUUAAGCUCGAGAAGAUCCAGUCGCGCAUUCACCGCACUGUCUUCAGGGUCGAUAAGGACAUAUUCUCUGGUCCAGUCGAAGAUCGCGUCAAGUUGGAUCAGAAGAUGGCGUCUAUACGAGCAGACCUCGAUAAAUGGAUUCAGACGACGCCUCAGUCGCCCAAAGAUAAUGGCAAGAUCACUUGGCUCUAUGAUCCUGAGAGUACAAACCAAGACGCCGGAGACUUUUACAGUCUCCAAUAUCACAAAGCAGUCUUGGCCCUCUUCACAGUCUUACUUCCCUCUCUAGCCACGACCGAUCCCCGGUUCAUCACAACAGCACGAUCAGCUGCAUGUGUCUGCAUAGCAUACAAGCGACUGAACCAACAAAGGACUCUGACAUACACCAUGAUCUCUCUUCACAGUUGUUUCGUCGCCGGACUCACUCUGAUGUACUGUAUCUGGAAGGACAAGAGUCUGUUCAGCUAUCACGUCGUCGAGGCUACGCAGGCAUGUUCCCAGAGCCUCACUGUAUUUGGCGAGAAAUGGGCAGGCGCUGUAAAAUACCGCGAUAUUUUUGAUGCCCUUUCAGGCAGUCUUUUGAAGACUCUCAUGAGCCCUGGUGGAUUGUCUGGUGAUACGGGAAUGGGUGCGCAUCCGACUCCCCCUUUGCAGACUAAGUUUGACCGGCCAAGCUUCAGCACCAGCCCAGGGUUAUCAUCGCAUCAACCUCACUCCAUCUCACAGACUAGCAAUGAGUCAGACGAUAUCACAAUGCGUGAUCUUGUUUCGGACGCUGUCAAAGAGGCUUUCAUGGAAGUUGAUGAGGAAGCACCUGGUGGUUGGCAAGGCUGGCACAUGUGGAAUGAGAUGCUAGGUGAAAAUCUUAGUGCUUCAGAACUGUCCACAUCCAAUGUGUUUUCUGGAGCGGCGAAGGGUGGCAAGGAUGUUUGGAACUUGUCGCAGGGAGACUUGGACCUGAGCAGAGGUUGGGACUUCAGCGCACAGUGA